AUGCGGCAGCAGUCGUGGGCGGUGCUGCAACUCCCUCGUAGCGCCAGAGGCGUUGCGGUUGGUGCCGCGACGGUUCUCUUCCCUCUCGCGGGAAUCAUCACCGGGGGAAGGGACAGACGUGCCUGCACCGUCAUGUACUCCGGCGACAAUGGGGGCAGCUGGAAGUUUCCUGCGGCGCCUGUGGCUGCUGAGGACUGUGACGCUGCUACUCUCCUCGAGUGGGCGGGGAAACUCUUCAUGGUCACCUCCGCAUUUUCUUUGCCGUGGCGGCGCAGGGUCUUCGAAUCCGGUGACGAGGGGAGGACGUGGAAGGAGGCAGCCGGGCCCUUCGCGCGCCUGUUGGGCGACGCAUACGCGUUGUCUAUGAUCCACGCUCCUGUCGAACUCAUGACCGCAACCAUUGCGGGCAGGAGUGUGCUGCUGUACACCCGGGUGUCGUUGAGUCUUGCUGCGCCAGCAGGAGAGAACAGCGGAGGAGGGAGGCUACGCAGAGUAAUCCGCCUGUGGCUCUCCGACGGUGCCCGGACCCACGAUGUUGGGCCAAUAUCUGCGGAUGAGGCGGGCCGCGCCCCCUUCAGCUCGCUGCUGUACACAAACGAUGAGCUCUUUGCCCUCUACGCGAAGGAAGGCGUGGAUGCAAGCUCAGACACUCUUCUUCUUGCGCGCCUCCCAAAACAGCUGCAGCGCAUCAAGUCUGUGCUGCAAACUUGGAAGGAUGUGGACGCCAGAGUUGCAAAGCUUUGCGGCCCCACCGCCGCUGCCACCGCUGCUGCCUGCGUCGGUGCGAUGCCAACGGACGGGCUGGUUGGUUUCUUGUCGAACGGUGGCAACAAUACCCACUGGAAUGACGAGUACCUUGGGGUGAAUGCCACGGUGUCUGGAGGAGCAAAGAAGGUCGAUAACGGCUUUGAGCUGGCGGGGCGUGGUGCAGAGGUUGCGUGGCCGGUGGGCAGAGCCGAGCGUGGCCAAGAGCGCGGUUCUGUGGGCGAAGAGGUGACUCUUGUGGCGACGGUGACCAUCAACAAGGCGCCACAGAGCGCCACCCCACUGCUGGGCGUGAGGACAGUGUUCACUGGGUCAUAUCUGGGGCUGUGGUACGACGAGCACAAGCGCUGGAAGACGAGGUCCAGAGCAGAAGCAGGCAUUGACGCUGAAACGCUUGCGUGGGAGGAGGGGAGGGCAUACCGAGUGGUGCUCACGGUGGAAAACGGCGGCGGCUCGGCGUACGUCGACGGGCGGCUUGUGGGGAGUUUGGAGGGAAGGCGCCCAGCUGAUGUGUUUCCUCCGCCUCCGCCUCCGCCUCCUCUAGGGCAGCCUCCGCGUGAGAUGCCGCCGGAGAGGGUCUCGCACGUCUUCGUUGGGGACUGCAGGGGCAGCGAAGCAGCCUCUGAGGGCCGCGUGACGGUGACGAACGUCUUGCUGUACAACCGCUGCUUCAACGCCGGUGAGGUUGCCGCUCUGGAGAGGAAGGAGGAGGAGGCCAGCGUGACGGCGCCGGAGCCGGGGCACCCGCCUCGUACCGCCGCUGCAUUCGCCGCCAGUGACCCGACGAACUCUGCGCACGACGAGGCUGCAGCGGCUGGCGGCGUGAAGAGGAGCCGUCAGUGGCGGCCGGCACUGGCCCCGCGACGACCGACGCGGCUGUGA